GCAACAUGGCGGACUAGGAGAGGCGGCACGACAGCGCCCGGAUACAGCGAGCAAAACGCGGGAUACAGGCACCCGGCGUUGCGGAGAGCACAAAAACGGAUCCUGGUGAAAGAGAAGAGGAAGAAGGGCGAAAAACAGAGCACUUUAGGACUUGUUUGGAUAUGUAAUUUUGAACCAGGUUCCGAGCGGGCCGUGUUCAGCGCAACCUCGGCACUCGGGGUGAGGAGGAGUCCGGGGCCGGGACAUCGAGUGCUGGAUACCAAGUUCACAAACCCCCGCUCUCCAGUGCAGCUAUUAACGGUCUACAGUGUGUGAAAAAAGGGCGGCGAGGCAAUCAUUGUGCGAAUGAGUGAGUGAUGCAGAGCACUUUUUUGCAGGGCAGUAUGGGUUUGUGUCCCCUGCUCCUGUUGUUUGCCUUGGCCUUUGGUUGGGCCCAGGAAGCAACCAAGCUCUCAGAUCAGAGUCAGAUCGUGACACCCAAACCCACAACUUCUCCUCCCAUAGUGCACAACCUUACUCAUGGCCCCGCCCCUUCAGCCACAGCUCAGCCCACCAGACAACCUGCCAUUGUUCCCACCACGAAAGUAACAGUAGUGACACCAGCUCCAGGGGUCCCCAUGGCCCCUGCUUCCCCUGCUCCAACUGUACCGCCCCACACCAAUCACACCAUUGCUCCGCCUCCAGGGCCUACUACUGUUAGAGGAGGAGGGACAGAGGAGAAAAUCACUCCCACUCUUCGUCCCACAGCCCUACCCAUUCCUUCCACAACUGAGGGCCCUUCUACUGUGACCCUCCCCACUGACCCUAUACAUGAUCCUGGUCCUGAUCAUGGUUUUGACACUAUCCCAGAUCCUGAUGAUUCGGGUAUUCAUCCCAGUACGACCACUACGCCGUCUGAAAUCAGCACCACACCAUACGGCAGCAGUCCUCCAGGCGGAGGUGGAAGCGGUGAAGACACGGCAAUCAUCGCUGUGACGGUGGCCUUGUCGUCUCUGCUGGUCAUCAUCUUCAUCAUCAUCGUUCUCUACAUGCUCAGGUUUAAGAAGUACAAGCAGGCAGGAAGUCACUCAAACUCCUUCAGACUGACCAAUGGCAGGACGGACGACACAGAGCUGCAGAGUGUGCCGCUAUUGGCUCGCUCACCCAGCACAAACAGGAAGUACCCGCCCCUUCCAGUAGACAAGCUUGAAGAGGAAAUGAACCGUCGCAUGGCUGAUGACAAUAAACUCUUCCGGGAGGAGUUCAAUGCAUUGCCAGUUUGCCCCAUCCAGGCCUCGUGUGAUGCCGCCUCCAAAGAGGAGAACAAGGAGAAGAACCGCUACGUCAACAUUCUGCCCUAUGAUCACUCCAGGGUACAUCUCUCCCCUCUAGAGGGCGUCCCAGACUCAGAUUUCAUCAACGCCUCUUACAUUAAUGGAUAUCAAGAGAAGAACAAAUUUAUAGCUGCCCAAGGGCCAAAAGAGGAGACGGUGAACGACUUCUGGAGAAUGAUCUGGGAGCAGAACACUGCCACCAUUGUCAUGGUGACCAACCUGAAAGAGAGGAAGGAGUGUAAGUGUGCUCAGUACUGGCCGGAUCAGGGCUGCUGGACGUAUGGGAACAUCCGUGUUUCUGUAGAGGACAUGACUGUGUUGGUGGACUACACCAUACGCAAGUUCUGCAUUCAGCAGGUGGGGGAUGUAUCGGGGAAGAAGCCCCAGAGGCUGGUGACUCAGUUCCAUUUCACCAGCUGGCCAGACUUUGGUGUGCCCUUUACCCCCAUCGGCAUGCUUAAGUUCCUUAAAAAGGUUAAAGCGUGCAACCCGCAGUAUGCUGGGCCCAUAGUGGUGCACUGCAGUGCGGGUGUCGGGAGGACGGGCACCUUCAUCGUAAUUGACGCGAUGUUGGACAUGAUGGCUGCUGAGAGGAAGGUGGAUGUGUUCGGCUUCGUCACAAGAAUCCGAGCCCAGCGGUGCCAGAUGGUCCAGACCGAUAUGCAGUACGUAUUUAUUUUCCAGGCUCUGUUGGAACACUACCUUUAUGGAGACACAGAGCUGGAGGUCACCUCUCUAGAGUCUCACCUGGCCAAACUCUACGCUCCUUUACCUGGAGCCGGUUGUGGUGGUCUGGAGGCGGAGUUUAAGAAACUCACCUCUAUAAAGAUCCAGAAUGAUAAAAUGAGAACAGGGAACCUUCCGGCCAACAUGAAGAAGAACCGUGUGCUGCAGAUCAUUCCAUAUGAGUUUAAUCGAGUGAUCAUUCCUGUAAAGCGUGGUGAGGAGAAUACAGACUAUGUCAAUGCCUCGUUCAUCGAUGGCUACAGGCAAAAGGACUCGUACAUGGCGAGUCAGGGCCCAUUGCAGCACACCAUCGAGGACUUCUGGAGGAUGAUCUGGGAGUGGAGGAGCUGCUCUAUUGUGAUGCUCACUGAACUGGAGGAGAGAGGACAGGAGAAGUGUGCUCAGUACUGGCCCAGUGAUGGAGUGAUGGUGUGUGGUGAUAUGUCCAUUGAGCUGAAGAGAGAGGAGGAAUGUGAGAGUUACACUAUCAGAGAUCUGCUCGUCACCAACACCAGAGAGAAUAAAUCUCGUGCUGUGCGUCAGUUCCACUUUCACGGUUGGCCUGAGGUGGGGAUCCCUGCUGACGGUAAAGGCAUGAUCAACAUCAUUGCUGCCGUGCAGAAACAGCAGCAGCAGUCUGGAAAUCACCCAAUCACAGUGCACUGCAGCGCCGGCGCAGGUCGUACGGGCACAUUUUGCGCUUUGAGCACGGUUCUGGAACGCGUGAAGGCAGAGGGCAUUCUAGAUGUCUUUCAGACAGUGAAGAGCCUGCGACUGCAGAGACCACACAUGGUGCAGACACUGGAGCAGUAUGAAUUUUGCUACAAAGUGGUCCAGGAAUACAUCGAUGCCUUUUCUGACUAUGCCAACUUUAAGUAGGGACCCUACUGAGUGAGCGACGUUCUCAGCCUCUCUCACACACACACACAGUUACACACACACAAGCUCAGCACUGGACUGGCCGCAAUCACAGAAAAGGGAACAAGGACAGAAGAGGACGAGAGGGAUGGCAUUUUUGUCAGAAGAGGACAAAAAAAGAUGCCUUCUUGAGUAUUUUGUAAUUUUGUGUAUUGUCUUGUUAAUAUGUUCCUCUUUAUUUUUUCCAGUGUAAAUACACUUCCCCCAUCAUUUAUUUGUUUUUAGAUGCAAGUUUUAGAGUGACCUUUUUUCCUAAUGUAGUUUACAGGUAUAUGAAUAUAAACAUAGUUAUAUGACUCUAAAUUGGUUUUGAGUUGAACAGCUGGACCAUGGGGUGAUUUUUUUUUUUUCUUCUUUUUUUUUUUUUCCUAUUUGUGCAGCUGAGUGAUGGAGACCUGACCACUCAAACCUGUUUCUCUUUUGCUUGCAGCCAUAUUUGUGGCUCAAUUACACAAGUCACCCAAAAACACAACCUAUAUACUUUUGCAUUUUUUUUUAAAUGUACAGAGCAUUGAGUUCUAUGCAGAAGAAUCUAGGGUGAUUUAUUCCUCCUUCUAAAAAAGCAGCAAUGUAUUGGAUGAGGUACAUCCCAGUUCCUCAUGGGGGACCAUUUCAAAGCCAACAAACCAAUGGCUGCGUGAUUUAAGUCUUUCACUUAAGAAAACCAUUGAAACUGUUUUGGGCACAGUUACAGCGUCUGGGCUCCACUUUCCUUUAGCGCAACUGCGUUUCAGUUCUUCUCAUAAAUAGGUCAAGGCUCUGAGAGAGUGGCUCAUGUGGUUCUCAGAAAUGUCUGAACAGGUACUUUUUUUUUUUACAGUACAAAAUGGCACAAAAUCUUUGCUGUGAUCAUUUAAACAAGAUGAGACUCUGCUUUCAGACAAAAGCCUUGUGGUCAAAAUCGCUUCUUGAAAGUGUGAUCAGAGAAUGUACAUAAAAUAUUUGCCCUUCUCACUUCUCAGAGCAAACCUUAAGAAAGAACCGAUUAGCCCUGGAAGGUUGUUCAGUCAGUCUUGGGGUGUUUACAAGCUUAACACAUUGUCAAAUGUAUACCAAGUGAUCAUUUCUACUCACGAGCACGAGUGCAACCAAUGAGGGUGAAGAAAUACUCCCUGAAAAUGGCUAACAAGAAAAGAAAGCUAGUUGUUACUGAUUAGCAUAAUCCCAUUUGUGUAGCUAGCAAAGAGUGAAUGUGACAGGUCAUGGUUCUAUUUGCAUCCUUCUGUCUGGCCAUUCUUACUUUAUCUCAUUAUUAGCACUUUUGGGUGAAGCAGUCCUUUAACACUCCACUGAGCCAGUCAAAUGGAAAACUACCAAGAACCUUUUUUUUUCUUUCCUUCUUUUCUUUUUUUUUUAAACUAAUCGCUAUUCAAUUGUUUACAUGGCUUUUGAGCUUCAAGAGGAAAGUGAAAACACUUGAUUAAGGGAAACCAAACUGUGCAACAUUGCCUUACAGAAAAAUGGGGUUUGUUUCAUUUUGCUUUCCUCUUUGUAGAGGGUCAAAGGCCACUGUUGAGAAGCCGUGAAUAAACCAAUACCCCAAACCCCGCCAACAAUGCAUUUAAUUACUAGUUGACCAACAGAACACUUACACAGUGGCUUGCCAGUGUUUUUAAGUGAAUUUUCAGCUAGCUUCAGUCUGAUUGUUAGUGAAUGUUUGAAAUUAGCGCUGUAUCUAAACUCAGUGGACGUCUGAGUCAGAGCCUGCACACUGCUGAUGAGGAAAUGAGCCCUGAGAUAUCAGACUCGUCUUGGAUACAUCAAUCUGAAUUUUUUUUUUUUUAUUAAAUAAUAAUAAUAAUAAUACAGGGUUAGGUCAAAUUUCCUUACGUAAAGGAAGUCUGGCAGAUUCCGUUGUUGCUUUAAAAAAUUCAGGUUAAUCCCUAUCCGUCUGUAGUGCAUGUGUGAUAUCAAGACAUUUCCCUCAGCUGAGGUAUGAACAGAAAACCUGUUCAUUCGUAUAUUAUUUAAAAAUAUAGUCUAAGUUCAGUUGUGCCUUUAAGUUUGAGUUUUUUAGUUUUAACUCCCUCAUUCACUACAGAUGAGGCAAAUGGUGAUUAGAUUGAAAAACGCUGGAGUAUUUUUCUUUUGUUUUUUUUUUCUUUUUCUUAAUGAAACACUGUGCCAAUACACAUUCUGAGUAAAGUAACUCCACCCAAACCUGCUACCCUUUGUUAGCAAGCUCCGCCCCUUUAGUCCCGCCUUCGUGGAGGUGUGGAUCACUGAGCAAGUGCCUAUGUAAUAACUUCACUGCUAUAUGUGCGUGUUUGCUGUGUGCUGAACGAGCUCUGACCUCAGCUUUUACUGGUUUUUAUAACUUCUCAGUGGUGAGAUUUUGGACUUAAUUCCCCUUCAGGAAUUCUUUUAAGCUGAUGUGUGUUGAAUCUGUUGAAAUGGGUUUCUAGUUUCUCAUAUUGUCUGAGACCCCACAUAAGAUGAGAACUUAUUUCUUAACAGUUCACUGUUAAACUACGUACACACCAUCAAACAGUACUGACUUUCAGAUUCUAGCUAGUUCUAGCUGGGGGUCCCCCGGUGUUUGUGAGAACCCACUGUGGAAUAUUCCAGUACUUUCGGAAAACAGCAUCUUCUUCAUCUUCUGUUCUGAAUGUUGCGUCAGUCUGUGGAAGAAGAUUAAAACCUGCAGGAAGAGAAACGAAUGCAGGACAAAGCGAGAAUGAGAAAUCCCUCUUACACUCUGUCUUUUCGUGUCCUUGCUUUUCACAUGUGAUGCUCUUCAUCCAUUCCACCCCUCCACCUUUUUCUCCUUCCGUCUCCUUGAUUGGGUCACAUUGUAAAUUUGACCCCUAUUUUAACUUGUUUUUUUUUUUUUUUUGCUCCCCACACAGUGUAUGUCAUCCUUUUGCUUUCAUCAUCCUAAAUGUUUCCAUCUGUACAUAACGUUAUUUAUAUUUCAUUCCUUUCCGCCGCCUUGCUUAUUUUUUUAUUCUUAUACAUUUGUAUAAUAAACUGUACUUGGACCAUUUUUUGAAAGUAUUAGAAUUUUUUCCCCAUUUUUUAAAGUUUGGUAUUAUUAUUAUUGUCUUAAAAUCUUAUUUUUAAUUUGCAUCUGUUUUUAUAGUGUUAUUCAAAAUUUUGAAUAUAUGUGUAUAUAAUUAUAUAUAUAAUAAAAAAAUUAUAUAUAAUUAUAUAAUGCUAAAUGGCCUUUCUAAGCAAGGAACUGUUCCAACCUAAUAAAAAUGCUUGAGAUUUUA